GGGGGAGGGUCCCCCGAGAGGGCGGGCGGCCGCCGGCGGAACACACGGCUACAGCCUAGAGCCCCUCAGGCCGCACCGCCCCGCCGCGUGGCGCAUUCGGGGGGCGCGGCCGCGGCGUCUGGGCGUCGGGAGGGGCGGAGCGCGGAAGUGUCAGCCGGGACGCGGGCCGGGCUGGACUCGGGAGGGACCAAGUUUGCGGAGCGACUUCUACGCGACGGCCGUGCGGCCAGGCAGGGCCUGGGCUGCGACCCCCAGGGCCGCUUGCCCGAACUUCCCGGCUGCCCCUGUCCUGGGAGAUCUACCUGAUGGGGACGCCAGGUGUGCAGGGGCGUGGCGCGUAGAAGUGAUUGGGAGAACAAUGCAUGAAGGUCUGACAUCAUGAUGUCCAUUCGGCAAAGAAGAGAAAUAAGAGCCACAGAAGUUUCUGAAGACUUUCCAGCCCAAGAAGAAAAUGUGAAGUUGGAAAAUAAAUUGCCAUCUGGUUGUACCAGUAGAAGAUUAUGGAAGAUUUUGUCAUUGACAAUUGGUGGAACCAUUGCCCUUUGCAUUGGACUUCUGACGUCUGUCUACCUUGCCACAUUACAUGAAAAUGAUUUAUGGUUUUCUAAUAUUAAGGAAGUGGAGCGAGAAAUCUCAUUCAGAACAGAGUGUGGCUUGUAUUACUCCUACUACAAGCAGAUGCUGCAGGCUCCAACCCUCGUGCAAGGUUUUCAUGGCCUAAUAUAUGAUAAUAAAACUGAAUCUAUGAAGACAAUUAAUCUGCUUCAGCGAAUGAAUAUUUACCAAGAGGUUUUUCUCAGUAUUUUAUAUAGAGUUCUACCCAUACAGAAAUAUUUAGAGCCGGUUUAUUUUUAUAUUUACACCUUAUUUGGGCUCCAGGCGAUCUAUGUCACAGCUCUCUAUAUAACCAGCUGGCUACUCAGUGGUACGUGGCUGUCAGGACUGUUGGCGGCUUUCUGGUAUGUCACAAAUAGAAUAGAUACCACAAGAGUUGAGUUUACCAUCCCACUGAGGGAGAACUGGGCGCUGCCAUUCUUUGCAAUUCAGAUAGCAGCAAUUACAUAUUUCCUAAGACCAAACUUACAGCCUCUUUCUGAAAGGCUGACACUUCUUGCCAUUUUCAUAUCAACUUUUCUCUUUAGUCUGACAUGGCAAUUUAAUCAAUUUAUGAUGCUGAUGCAAGCAUUAGUGCUGUUCACACUGGACUCCCUGGACAUGCUGCCAGCAGUGAAGGCGACGUGGCUGUAUGGAAUACAGAUAACAAGUUUACUCCUGGUCUGCAUUCUUCAGUUUUUAAAUUCCAUGAUUCUUGGAUCGCUGCUCAUCAGUUUUAACCUUUCAGUAUUCAUUGCAAGAAAACUUCAGAAAAAUCUGAAAACUGGAAGCUUCCUUAAUAGGCUUGGGAAACUUUUGUUACAUUUAUUUAUGGUUUUAUGUUUGACACUUUUUCUCAACAACAUAAUUAAGAAAAUUCUUAACCUGAAGUCAGAUGAACACAUAUUUAAAUUUCUGAAGGCAAAAUUUGGGCUUGGAGCAACAAGGGAUUUUGAUGCAAAUCUCUAUCUGUGUGAAGAAGCUUUUGGCCUCCUGCCUUUUAAUACAUUUGGAAGGCUUUCAGACACUCUGCUUUUUUAUGCUUAUGUAUUUGUUCUGUCCAUCACAGUGACUGUAGCAUUCGUUGUUGCCUUUCAUAAUCUCAGUGAUUCUACAAAUCAACAAUCCGUGGGUAAAACGGAAAAAGGCACAGUUAACCUGAAACCAGAAACUGCCUACAACUUAAUACAUACCAUUCUGUUUGGAUUCUUGGCAUUGAGUACAAUGAGAAUGAAGUACCUCUGGACGUCACACAUGUGCGUGUUCGCAUCAUUCGGCCUAUGUAGCCCCGAAAUAUGGGAGUUACUUCUGAAGUCAGUCCAUCUUUAUAACCCAAAGAGGUUCUGGCCAGGAAUGAUGGAUGAACUCUCCGAGUUGAGAGAAUUCUAUGAUCCAGAUACAGUGGAGCUGAUGAACUGGAUUAACACUAACACUCCAAGAAAGGCUGUGUUUGCGGGAAGCAUGCAGUUGCUGGCCGGAGUCAAGCUGUGCACGGGAAGGACCCUAACCAACCACCCGCACUACGAAGACAGCAGCCUGAGAGAGCGGACCAGAGCGGUUUAUCAGAUAUAUGCCAAGAGGGCACCAGAGGAAGUGCAUGCCCUCCUAAGGUCCUUUGGCACCGACUACGUAAUCCUGGAAGACAGCAUCUGCUACGAACGGAGGCACCACCGGGGCUGCCGACUCCGGGACCUGCUGGACAUCGCCAACGGCCACAUGAUGGAUGGCCCAGGAGAGAAUGAUCCUGAUUUGAAACCUGCAGACCACCCUCGCUUCUGUGAAGAGAUCAAAAGAAACCUGCCUCCCUACGUGGCCCACUUCACCAGAGUGUUCCAGAACAAAACCUUCCACGUUUACAAGCUGUCCAGAAACAAGUAGCACAGAUUUCUGCCCAGUGUCUAUUUUUGAUACAGUGAAACUGCAUCAUGAUGAAACUCGGUAGAUGACGUUUCCUAUGUAAGUAGGUAGCCCAAACCUUCAAGCUGUGAUAUGAGUAAGUUCUACAGAUGUUUACACAAGCAUUGCCAUCUUUGAAAGCAUCUUCUACAAGCGGAAGUCUUUUUUGUUGUGUGUCUAUCUUUCUCAUUAAUGUUCUUUAGCCUAAAUGUUGACAACUUUCUAAGAGUGACCUAAAAUUAUGUUGUUGGAAAGAAUGAUAUGUGUUCCAUGGAUACCUGGAUAGGCACAUACCAUGUUGGAAGAUGAGCACCUGCUCAGGAUUUGAAAUACUUUUAAUUUUCAGGUGGCUUAAAACAGCUAUGAUUGAAUCAACUAGAAACGAUGAUCGGCUUAUUUAAUAUGAUUUCACUGGUGAAGACUAAUUGGUAGCUUUCUAAAAAGCUCUUUAGUGUCCUGUUUUAUCUUAAAAUGUUAAAAUAUUUUCCAAUUGUCAUGCUUUUAACAUUAACAAAAAAAUCAUGUUAGGGCUUUGUAUCAAACAUUUUGUUACACUCUGAAAUGUAAUGUGGAGUAUUUCAGCACUAUGUGUCAUGUAUUUGUGUGUGUGUGUGCGUGUACACGCAUGUGUUUUAAUGCUGGGCACAGAAAAGUGUUACAAGUUCCAUAUUGUAAGUCCUUAAAGGGGCAGAAAUGUAUGUAGCCAAGUAGAAUUUAUUACAUUUUAGUGUUAUUAUUUUAAAACUUACUGAUACUCUAACCUCUCCUGCAAGUAAUAGUUUUGCUUUAUUUCUUACUCAUUUCAAUUUAUUGGGUUUGCAAAAUUUUGUAAACUUUUUGUGUUUUUAGCCUUUGUAUUUUUUACAGCCUAGAAUCUUGCAAAGUCUGAAUAUUUUUUAAAUGUUCUAUCUUAACUAGUUCACUAACACAGUAUUUUUAGCAGACAGCAUUUUCAGACAGCAUUUUCAUACCAAGUUUGACUUGUGGUCUCCAAUCUUACUGGGAGGGCCCUGGUAGUGUAAUUCUUUUCCUUACUAAAAGGUAACCAAGUGCCUCUAAGUCAUGCUUAUUUGUAAACAACAAAGAAGAGUAUAUGUACUUGCUCAAAAUUUUUUUGAUAAUUGCUUAUGUAAUUAAUUUCUAAUGAUGAGGACAUGUAAAAGUUGCUAGUAAGAACAUAUUAUGCAUUUAAUUAAAUCAAGAUGGCUAAUGGAAUUAACUUUCUCCCCUGUUCUUGCCAGGUGGAAAUGAUAUAAGCAUUUCUGCUUGCAGUUGUAUUGAAGUAAAUUACCGUAGACAUCAAGAUGGCUACAUCACAUUUUCAAAUGAUUUUAUAUUCAAUUACUACUUAUUAAGCAACAUUCAAAAAGUCUUUUACACUGUCAUGUUGGACACAAGCAGACUCAGCUUUUAUCAAAACUUGUUUAAAUAAAAAAUUGACAGUAGCUGGGUUAUUAAAUUAUGCAACUGAAACUCCUGAAUUAUACCUUUUUUGUAUCCCUUAAUAUGAUUGGAGACCACUGCAGUUUAGGAUAAUACAAUAAUAAAACGUUUUAAUCAGUACUAAAACUUAAUAAUUAAGCCAAUAAUGAUGCAUGCCUGUUGUAGCUGACAGCAUGGGUCAGUACAUCCUUCAGCGAGUGCCUUACUCUAAUUGAAACCAAGCACACGUAAGGUACAAUAUGUUAGACUCUGUGGUUUUGUUUUCAAAAUCCUCUGUUAUGGCUAUAUUUAAAUUUGUUUUAAGUAUUCCUGUAUGUAUUCAUCUAAGCAUUUGGGCAUUUGGAGUCUUAAUAUACAAAAAACAUGCACUUAAAUUUGUAUGCUUAUCACCGCAAUGAUGGCAAACAGUGAUUUUUUUUCUUUUUCAUAGUUUAGGUGUCAUUGUUGCCAGCACCUUUAGUGCUCAGUCUUCAGUGAAAAAUAUAAAGUGCCAAAAAAAUCUUGCAAGACAGAAUCCAUACUUAACACUCUUUCCAAGACACUGUGACCAUGUACAGUAGAAGUUUUUAUUUCCUGAUGACCAAAUCUAUCAACGAAUCAUGUUAUUAAUAAAUAUUUUUAGCACUCGUCAGUAUUCUCCAAUGUGACCUUCUCAUUGGAGUACACAGAAGGAAAGCAAAGAAGAGCAUCUGACUUCUGGCUCUGGCUUACAGCCUCUCCACCAGGCCGAACAAAGCAAGAGACCCACGGCAGUAGCUCCCCGCCACUCAGACCUGGGUGGUGCUAGUCUGAAAGAAUGGCUCUGUUUUCUGUUGAUAGAAAACCCACUUGAUUUUGCUUCUGAGUUAGCAAUCAGAAGACCCUCUAAGUACAAUAGAAGUGCUCUUAACGGACUCUGCCUAUGUGACUCCCAGGCCCCGGAGUCUCCAUCUCUCUCGUAAGCCACCUGCCCUGGCACAGCUGGAGGCUGCUCUCUGGUGUUCUCAGUGCUCUGGCUCCCUCCCUUGAGUUGUGCGCCCGUCCCAAACUACUACAUGCAAGCUCUGCUUCCUCUUGUAAGUACACAACUCAGUUAAGUAUUUACGUACACGUAGAAAAUACGGGUGUGAAAAGAAAGAGCUUUCUGUAAAAAUUAAGUUGAAUGCUUUGGUAAGAAGUGAUAAAGUCUAGUUGCCAAUAAAAGUUGCUUUUAAAUUAGGUGUGGCUGGGAAAAUUAUAAGAUAUUGGGGAAAAUAUACGAAUCAAGAAAAUUUCUGAGCUUAGAUUGCUUCAUAGAUUUAUGUAAGUACUCAUCCCACCUUUUAAAACUCUAAACCGAGAAGAGGGGACCCAAAUCAUGUUACUGGUGUGAUUUAUGUGAGAAGUAGAACUAUAGUCAUUGGACCCUUAGGCAAAGGAAAAACUCAUGUCUUUAUAUCAGAAGAUCAGCAAACGAAUGUACAGUUACACAGUUGAGGUUAUGAUUCCCUACUUUAACCUACUUACUUUAUUAAAUGACCAACUACUGAUACUGAUCACAAUAGUUAUUAGAGAUUCUAAUUUAGUGGGAAGGUUCUAAUCACUUUUAUUACAGGCAUUUGAAAAAUAGGGAUUCAUUUCAAGUAUAUUAGCCAGGAGCAUAGUUAGAUGUUACCCAGGCCUUUUGUCAUCGUGUUAAUGAUGAUUUUCCUGACCCUUGUGAGAUCAGUGUGACAGGAGUGUGUGCGUUUGUGUUUGUGUGUGUGUGUGUGUGUUUGGUUGGAUGCUGCCAGGUGGCAAAGGCAUAUGUAAAUACAUCAUCCGAUCUGCAUCUUUAUUCCACAAUUAACUAAAAGUAAAAAUGUCUAUUCUGAUUCUAUAUUAAUUUUGUCUAAGAUGUAAAAAUUUUAGUUCAUCUUUGGCCAAAACCUACCUAAAUUAACGUACAAAUAUUUGGUUUUUAAAAUUUAACUCAAAUCUCAAAAUCAAUAAAGUGUUAUCAGAUCCUGUAUCUUGGUUAAUAUGCUCCCAAAUACUUUAAACAUGGCAACCUUUUGGCCUAAGAGAGUGUUUGUCUGUUCGUGGAAAAAAGCUUUUGAGAUGAGAGAAUGUCUUACUUUCUUGUGGCAAUUGAUUUUCUGUUUUUAACACCCUUUGGGUAAAAUCUUACAAAGAGCUUUUAUAAUUUGUUUUACUGAAUUGUAUGGAGAUUGUAUACUAAGUAAAGCUCUUUUAAAUUGCA